GUAAUAGGAAUAACGAAUAAUAUUCGUUCAUUCACAUCUACUAUUUAUUAAUUCAACACUCGCCACCCAAUUCUUCACAAAUUCACAAUCGCUGAGAGAGGGAGAGAGACGCAACAGAAGCAUAAUAAUUAACAAUCGUAGGAAAAUGAAAUUAGUGUGGUCUGCAGAGACAGCAUGUAAAGCAUACAUCGAGACGGUGCAAUCUUGCGGGGUAUACAGAGAAUCAGGGGUGGCGGAGUUGGUUGCGGCGAUGGCGGCUGGAUGGAACGCGCAAGUGAUAGCGGAGACAUGGUCAGAGGGAGGAGCGAUAGAAACGAGCAUGGGUUUAGGGAUAGCCAGGAUGCACACGGGUGGGAGGCACGUGUGCAUAGUCCCUGACGAGAGGUCGAAAUCGGAAUACGCAGAGAGAAUGGGAGAGGCUGCCAUGUCGCCGGAAAUAUUGGUGGGCGAGGCAGAGGAGCUGAUGGAGGGGUUGGCGUUGGUUGCUAUCGACUUCAUGGUCGUCGACUCCACGCGCAACAAUUUCUCUAAACUUCUCAGCCUCGCAAAGCUCAGCAACAAUGGCGCCGUCCUCAUUUGCAAAAAUGCUAACGCAAGGAACGUUCCUUCACCUUCUGGUUUUAAAUGGCGGAGUGUCCUUCACGAAGGCUCGCGUCGUCUCGUUCGCUCUGUGUUUCUUCCAGUUGGCGACGGACUCGACGUUGCGCACGUCUCUUCCGUUAAUUCACCGCUGAAGAGUGGCGGUGCUAAGAGAUGGAUAAAGCAUGUUGAUCCACGGUCAGGGGAGAUUCACGUUAUCAGAAGAUGAACUUGUUACUCAUGUUCGGAGACCCAAAAACCGAGCUUCACGUUCUUUUAUUCAUUAAUACUCGUCUCUUUUUUGUAGUAUUCAUUUUACCAAAACCUAUUCACUUUUCUUUUAUUUUUGUAAAUAGCAAUUAGCAGCAAUACUGUGCUCCACUGAGGCACAAAACAAACUAUUCCCUUUGUUUUUCUUCACUUUGUUGUUGCUUAUUAGUCAUUGCACAACACCUCACUGUGAUAUCCUCUUUGCCUGCAUUUGUAGAUAUAUCUUGUUUAUCAACCUCUAAAAAUGCUACAAUGGGAUGGCCACUAUUUUAAAU